UGUCUAUCCAUCUCUUUCAAUAUUACUAAUUUGAGAUAGCAAUAACUGGCGACGUGUUCUGCAUAUUUCAUAUUUUAAAAUGCCCGGAUAAUCAGAAGUGUACAGCAAUAGGUUAGAGCGAAAUAGAAUGAAAAAUGGCGUGUAGUUUGUAAAGUUUUAUUUGAUUACGCAUAAGAAUCUUUUAUUUAUCUAAAAAAAUAUAUGUUAUUACAAAGAAAAGUGGUUUAUUGUUUAAGAUGAGUUUUCAGUUAUGUUUUAGUUAAUCAUGCAGAAUAAAACAUAAUUUUUUCUUUAAGUGACAAACUCUUUUUUGUUGAGAAUGAACAGAGAGGAUAACGUUAACUGGUUUCAUGGGAAAAUAUCGCGAGACACAGCUGAGAAACUAUUGAAGGAAGAAGGCGAAGAUGGUGUGUUUUUGGUUCGUGAGAGCAACACCUCGCCCGGAGAUUAUGUACUUUCCGUAUUACAUCAAGGAGAGGUAGUACACUACCAAAUACGGAGGCAUGGUGAAGAUGCAUUCUUCUCCAUUGAAGAACAUACCACAGUACAUGGCUUGGACACAUUAAUCCAGCAUUACCGUGGAGACUCCAAUGGACUGGUCACUCGGUUGUCAGUUGUGUGCAAAGGAGAGCCACCACCACACGAGUCUCGCACACAAGGCACCACAAACUUGUUGCAUAGAGCCACGGAAGCCGGUGAAUUCAACAUAGUGUCUAAACUCCUGGCCAGUGGUUACCGCAACCGUGACGCGAAGAACCAAGACGGACAGACGGCGGUGCACAUCGCCGCCAGGGCCGGGAGGGACAAUAUCCUGGCCAAGCUCAUUGAGAACGGUGGCACCGUCAACGUCCGCGACUCUUUCGGUUACACGCCUUUGCACUAUACAUGUCAAAACAACUUGCCAAGCACGACGGAGCUGUUGAUCACGAAGGGACACGCCAACUACCAGAUGCGGCACGCGCCCACCGGCAAGGUGCCGCUGCACGACGCCGCGCAGAGAGGACACAUAGACUGCAUUAAGGUAUUGUUAAAACUAAAGGCACCAGCACACCCAAGGACAUUAGCGCAAGAAACCCCAGCUGACCUGGCCAAGAAUCAUGGACACACAGAAUGUUACCAGUUACUCAAAAAUCACCAACCCGAGCCGCCCAAAACGUCCAAAUCCCAAUGGUACCACGGCACGUUGAACCGAGACGAGGCUGUGAAAAUUAUUGAAGAGUACCAUAAAUAUAACAUGCAGGAUAAGCCGUCGGACGGCGUGUUCCUGGUGCGGUACAGCGAGCGGCACCGCAGCGCGUACGUGCUCACCAUGCUCAGCGAGAACACGCCCUACAACUUCAUCAUCAGGAAAGAGAAUAACUGGCUGUUCAUCGACGACGGCCCGUACCUGGAGUCGCUGGAGCGGCUGGUGGAGCACUACAGCGCGGUGCCGGACGGCCUGCCCACGCGCCUCACCACGCCCGUGCCGCCCAAACCCAAGCCGCCGCUGCCAGAAUUCUCCACAAUGCCACGAACCAAAAAGCCGUCUCCCAGUCGGGUGGCUAUGAACCAAACUCUGUCAUUAGUGAAGCGCGACAUACUCAGCGAUAAGCAAUUGACUGAGACAUCACCGCAACAAAACAACAUGUUCGAACUGCUCACUAGGAACAUAUCGUUUUCAUCGGACUUCAGUAACGACAGUAUGAACAACAAUGACGCUGAUGACAAUGACACGUAUAAGGUCCCAGCUAGUAAUAGUCCAUUGGCCGAAAAUUAUAAUGAGAUAUCAAUAAAUUCUGACGGGCAGCUCUCUACACUACAAGAGUUGAUCCCGAUGACUGAACUGACGCUGGGCGCAGUGGUGGGCGAGGGAGAGUUCGGUGCAGUACUACGAGCUGUAUACACCCCACCAGGUGCUGCGUCACAACAUGUGGCUGUCAAGACACUGCAUCUGCACCACACCGACGCCAACAAGAAUGAGUUUCUUGCUGAGGCUAAACUCAUGAUGGCACUGAGGCAUCCCUGUAUUGUGCGGCUCAUUGGCGUAUCAUUGGGCCCGCCACUAGCCAUGAUACAGGAACUAGUACCAUUGGGUUCUUUGUUGGAUUACCUCCUAAAGCAUCCAGAAAAAGUUUCACCUGGGUACGAGCUAAGGUUAUGGGCAUGUCAGGUGGCCGCUGGUAUGCGCUACUUGGAGAUACGACGCUUCGUGCACAGAGAUCUUGCUGCUAGGAAUAUUCUGCUUUCGAGCAGGCAUCAAGCCAAAAUCAGCGAUUUUGGGCUCUCUCGAGCGCUGUCCACGGACAGUUCGUACUACAAGGCGAGUCGCGGCGGCAAAUGGCCAAUCAAAUGGUACGCGCCCGAGUCGUACAACUACGGCACGUUCAGUCACGCCAGCGACGUGUGGAGCUACGGCGUCACGCUCUGGGAGAUGUUCUCCUUCGGGAAACAGCCGUACGGAGAGAUGCGGGGCAUGGAGGCUAUCAAGUUAGUUGAGAGUGGCAAACGUUUAGAAAGGCCCGAGGACUGUCCCGACGAGAUAUACAAAGUGAUGUUGGACUGCUGGGAAUACAUUCCGGACCUGCGGCCAACGUUUGGGCAACUCGUGGAUGUGUUUUCACAGCACCCGGACUAUGUGAAUAUAAGUCAGUUAGCACUAGACAGUGACGAUGUUAAUGUGUGAAAGUGUUUUGUAUGUAUUUUGAAUGAUCAUUAUGACCAUAAAAUGCUAUGUUUCUUGGUCUAAAUUAGAUGUAUUUUGUGGAGUACGAAUAGUAUUUACUGUACAUAUAUUCAUAUACAAAGACUUUACCGCACUCCCAUAUUAAAAGGGAAAACAUUUUUUUAUUACUGGGUAAAAUAUUUUUUUAAAAAAUAAUAGAAUAUUUGAGAAGCAAAUAAUUAUAUAAUCGCGGUGUAUUCUUCAUGCAUCUGAAUUAAUCAGUUGAGAACUCAAAUUGGUAAGCUUCAAUAAGUUUUUGAGGCUGAAUAUACAUACAUGUUGUUAUAUCAAUAUGUAGGUACAGCGAUAGUAAUAAGCAUAUAAAUAUUUUAUGAUUAAUUUUAACUGUGACUUCUGUGUAUGCAAGGUUUUAUUAGAAUUGAACAAAAAUCUCUAUUAAUUUAAGACAAUGGAGUGGAAUGGUUUAUAUUUGUGUUAAGUAAGUAUAUGGUGAUAGUUAAAAAUAUGCCAUUAUGUGCCUGAUUUACGUAUUACUAUUGUAGUUAUAGCUGCUAAGCUCUGUCUUAGAAGAAUUUUAUGUAACAAGUUAACUAAAUUGGAUUUUCACGGAUUUUAAUGAUAAUUAUAGUUUAACAAAAACACUAGACCCUGUUUUAUUAUUAUAGAUGGCAUUUAACGGUUUUUAUUAUAUUACAUGACAAAUCUGCAUUUGCAUGGAAUAGUUUAAGUUUAUUGCCCAAGUCUUCAUUCUAAGUGAUGUGUUUUUCAUUUUGUUCCUCUUUCUAGCCAAAUCAAGUGUAUAUAAUAUAGUUUUAUAAACUUUGAUACAAUUUGUACAUUCCAUUUUCAUAUUUAUACAUACCAGGUGGUAGAAUAUAUGGCGAAACAUUCUAUUGCUACUUUAUAACAUUGUCUUUUUUUAAAUAUGCUUAAUAAUGAAUUUGUACAAAAUCCUUAUUUUUUAACAGUUUUCAAUAUAAUUAAUUCGUGCGCCUGAGACAGUUCAACUAUUUAUAAUGAAUCUGUGAAUUUCGAAAUCGCCGCAGGAAUGCCAUAGUUUGCGUGAUCGUUUUAUUGCCAUGUGGUUGUUAUAUAGUGUACAAAAAUCGUUAAAGUUACCUAAAUUGUCUUUUAUAUUUUGUAGGAUUUACAUUAAAUUCUUUGAGUCUGAUUACAGUAUAUUAACUUUUAUAUUAUGUCAGAAUGUUAUUAUGACUAUUUAACGAAUCCAAAUGUGAUAGAUAUUUAUAAAAUAAAUAACAAUUAUUUAUAA